AAUAUAAAAUCUCCCCCAUUAAAAAGGAGCCUUGCCUAGGGUUUGAAGCCCCUUCUCCCCUUCUUCUUCUUCUGCAACAAAUCACCAUGAAAGCAAAGCCUCCUUCAAAACCCAAAACCCAUCUUCAUCUUCAUCAAGAAGAACCCCAAAACCCAUCAGGGUUCUCAUUCGCCAUAGCCAGAAUAGCAGUCUCGCAGAUCUGCCAGUCAGUGGGGUACAAGGCCACCCAGCUCUCCGCACUCAACGCUCUGACCGUGGUGGCCACCAAGUACCUCGAGGCCAUAGCCAAGUCGGCCUCUUCCUUGGCCAACACCUCCAACCGCACGCAGUCGAACCUGCUGGACCUCACACUUGCCCUCCACCACCUUGUUACUCUCCACACCUCCACUCUCUUCUCCAUCUCUUCCUCCGGAGGAAUCAUCAGAGAACUCGCUGACUUCGUCUCAUUCCAUGACGAAAUCCCAUUUGCCAAGCCAAUCCCACGCCCACAGAUUACUUCCAUUCCUUCCCGGGCUUCUUCUUCUUGUUCUUGUUCUUCUUCUUUUUCCCAUGUGCCCAAAUGGCUGCCCAAGUUUCCUGAUAGUGUUAUUAGUUGCUCAGUGAAUGAGAGAAAGUGUGGGGAGAGGUUGUGGGAGGAUUCGGUUUUGGGUGGUGGAGGGAUUGAAACUGAGUGUAGUACUAGUACUAGUGAUGUGAUUGAGCAGGAGAAGCUAAAGGAGGGAAAGCUUGAAUUGGAUUUGGAGAGAACAGGGAAAGUCAGGUUUAGAAUUACUACAACUAGAGGAAGAGGAGGUGGAGGUGGAGGUCGAGGUUUAAGGAGGGUUUGUAGAGAAGAGAAAGGGGUGUGUUGGAAUCAUCAUAAUCAUCAUUACAAUAACAAGAAUAUCACCAAUAAUAGUACUAAUGAUGAUGAUGUUCUUGAUGAUGAUGGUGAUGAUCAAAGUAAUGGGAUUUUUUAUGAUGAGGGUCUGAAGAAGAGUGGCUUGAAGAGAAAAAGAAGAUAGUAGUUGUUUCAUUCAUGCUUGUUUAUAUAAAUCAAAGUGUAAAUGGUCCUAAAUCUCGAACUUGUUCACUGAUGAUGCUCUACACCGGCUUGGGGACCAGUAGGAUACGUUGCUAUGACAAGAGCUUGGCGCGCAUAUUAUAUUACUUUGUCAUGGUUAUAACUUUCUUGAUAGGCCUUUGUGAUGGUUAUAACUUAUAUAUAGUCUUUGUUCACAUGACAUGGAACACUAAUAUAUAUGUAUUAUAGCCUAGUUACCCCAUCAAAUUUUUGCUUCGAAUGGGUGGAAUGAGAAAUACUUGUCUAUGGCCAGAAUUUUUUUUGUUAAAGACUUGUUAUAUUUUUAUAUAUAGGGAAAAAUUAA